AUCGCUGACGGAGAAAUGCCCUGACGUCAUCCCACAGCUUCCGGGCUGCUAGCGCUGGUGCAGAUGAUGCUCAAAUUUAGAAUUUCACUUAAUUUUACAUACGUUUAAUAAUAGACGAGCAGCUGAGAUUCAGAACCGAAAGCCCCCCGUUAAUAAGACGGUAUCGAUAUCAUGGCAGAUCACCGGUGACCACGGCGAAGAGACCGGAUACGACCCCUCCGACGACGCAGAAACGAGGUCUGGUUGGCCUGCUGCGCCAAAGAACCACCGCCUGCAACCCUCAGCCACAGCAGCCGUCCCAAUACUUGAGGAUCAGUGACGAGCGCCUCAUCGCUCCGCCUGGUUUGCUUCACCUCCGGCGCUGACGUCAUCCCCCAAACAUGAGGUUGAAGGAGGACAUGAACCCCCUGCUGCUGCAGGUCUUCCGCUCCGUCGUCUGGGUCUACUCGGUCAUCACCUUCAUACCCUGGUACUUCUUCUCCGGGGCGGGCGACAACUUGGAACGGGCCCGCCGGAUCAAGGCGACCUCAGUUUGUGGCAACCCAGCCGGGCCGUACAGGGCCGUCAACAGCCAAGAGAAGCUGUCGGCGUGGCUGCAGCCGAAGGUGGACACCCUGGACAAGAUGUUUGAAUACGCUGCGAGUCGGUUUCCAAAGAGAGACUGUCUGGGCACCAGGGAGGUGCUCAGUGAGGAGGAUGAGCUCCAGCCCAACGGCAAGGUCUUCAAAAAGGUAAUACUCGGGAACUAUAACUGGCUGUCCUACGAGGAGACCUACGAGGCGGCGAGGUGUUUUGGCAGCGGCCUGGCAGCGCUCGGCCAGAAGCCCCAGUGUAACAUCGCCAUCUUCUGUGAGACCAGAGCAGAGUGGAUCGUGGCGGCACAAGCCUGCUUCAUGUACAAUUUCCCACUUGUGACCCUGUACUCCACCCUCGGACCCACGGCCAUCGCGCACGGCCUGAACGAGACGGAGAUCACGCACAUCAUCACAAGCAAAGAGCUGCUUCAGAGCCGUCUCAAGGCCAUAGUGUGCGAUGUUCCGAGGCUGCAGUACAUCAUUCUAGUCGACAACAAACCCGCAAGCUGGCCAAACAUUCCCAGGGGCAUCAUGGUCUACAGCAUGGAUGCGGUGAAGGAGAUGGGAUCCAAGCCUGAAAACGUAGCUGUUGACCGCAGACAGCCAGAGAACUCAGACCUCGCGGUCAUCAUGUACACCAGCGGCUCCACAGGCAUUCCCAAGGGUGUCAUGAUCUCCCAUGGCAACAUCAUCGCUGGCAUCACUGGCAUGGCUGAGCGACUCCCGAACCUCAAUGAAACGGACACGUAUAUCGGCUACCUGCCGCUGGCCCACGUUUUGGAGCUCAGCGCUGAACUUGUGUGCAUCUCUCACGGCUGUCGCAUCGGCUACUCCUCCCCUCAGACUCUAUCUGACCAGUCUACCAAGAUAAAGAAGGGCAGUAAAGGGGACACCAGUCUCCUGAAACCGACUCUCAUGGCUGCUGUACCAGAGAUCAUGGAUCGGAUCUACAAGAAUGUGAUGACCAAAGUCGAGGAGAUGAGCAAACUCGAGAAGGCGCUCUUUGUGCUGGCCUACAACUACAAGAUGGAGCAGAUCUCCAAGGGCUACAGCACACCUCUCUGCGACAGUCUGGUGUUUAAACGCGUGCGUGCACUCCUGGGAGGGAACAUGCGGGUUCUGCUUUCUGGCGGCGCUCCACUCUCAGCCGCCACACAGCGCUUCAUGAACAUCUGCCUGUGCUGCCCGGUGGGGCAGGGCUACGGCCUGACGGAGACCUGUGGAGCCGGCACCAUCAGCGAGAUUUGGGACUACAGCACAGGACGGGUUGGUGCUCCACUGGUUUGCUCAGAGAUCCGACUGAAGGACUGGGAGGAGGGUGGUUACUACAGCACCAACAAGCCCAACCCACGGGGGGAGAUUGUGAUUGGCGGUCCGAAUGUAACCAUGGGCUACUACAAGAAUGAAACCAAAAACCGCGAGGACUUUUUUGUGGAUGAGCGCGGCCAGAGGUGGUUCUGUACAGGAGACAUCGGAGAGUUCCACGCUGACGGAUGCCUCAAGAUCAUCGACCGUAAGAAGGACCUGGUGAAAUUGCAGGCAGGCGAGUACGUCUCUCUGGGAAAAGUGGAGGCUGUUUUGAAGAACUGCUCCCUCAUAGACAACAUCUGUGCCUACGCCAACAGCGACCAGUCGUACGUGAUAAGCUUCGUGGUGCCCAACCACAAGCAGCUGAUGGUGCUGGCGGAGCAGAUGCAGGUGAGGGGCACAUGGGAGGAGAUGUGCAACAACUCCCAGAUGGAGAAGGAGGUCCUACGCAUCAUUACCGAGGCUGCUAUCUCAGCACAAAUGGAGCGAUUUGAGAUCCCGAAGAAGAUCCGUCUGAGUGCUGAGGCCUGGACGCCGGAGACCGGGCUGGUCACUGACGCUUUCAAACUGAAGCGCAAGGAGCUUAAAACACACUACCAAGACGACAUCGAGAGGAUGUACGGGGGGAAAUAACACACACAGACACACUCCUAGCAACAUGUCUAUAUAUAUAUACACAUAUAUAUAUACAUGUGUGUGUGUAUAUAUAUAUACUUGUACUCAAGUUCAGCCCAGAAGCCACUAUACUUGGAAUACUUGGAGGGGAGUUAUACUAUAGAUACAGCUAACGCACACAUCAUUCCAGACACAUACGAGUCUCACGCCGCUCCUCCUCAGCGUCCCUCCGACCAGCUCCGAUCAAAAGAGGGGGAACGCUCUGGAAUCCAGCUCGAUGCUCCCUGUGAAGACCAGAAGGCAGAAGGCCCCUCACAGGAACACUGAAACGGCCGGAUGUGCACGGUGCGACACACUCACCGGCUCCCCUCUGAUGGAUUCAGCCCUUUGCGUCGCCGCGACAACUGAGGUGGCACACAAAGUCAGACGUCCGCGUGACUCGAAGUGAAACAAAUGUCAGGCUAGAUGUGUAUCUGGAUCAAUGUCAGCGCGCCCUCUUUGUUGCUUUGUUGCCAAUUUGUUAAUGCUAAUGUCUGUCGAUGAGCUUUGUUUGUUGUCUUUCCCUCCCCUUCUGCCUGUGUCCCACAGUGUACAUGUCAGUGUGUUGACUGACUCGUAGAAGCCAUCCAGUGGUCAGUCCCCUCUGCUCUCGCCUUUAUCAAAGGCUCCAUUGGGACCGUUUCCAUCCUGCUCUUUGGCCCCAGCUUCAUUUUGUUCCCCCAUCUUCUCAGCCCCUAGAUACGUCCUAACCUGUGUCGUAUUGGUUAUGUUAUCGGUUCAUUGACCGAGCCCUGCCCCGAGGCACUGUGGAGGUCUCCAAGGGAACUUUCCCCAGCUUCAAACAUUGUUCCAUUAGUUGGCCCCAUUACAUUUUGGCACGAGUUAUCCUUUUCUUUUGCCAUCGGUCUAGUUACUGUUACUUUUGUAUUUUUUACUUAUGAAUAUGAACUCCAAAAUCAAUGUGCAAUAUUGAUACACACAUUUUAAACUGAAGUAUGUCGGAAGGAGAAGCAGAAAAGCCCACGCAUACAGCAGCCCCGCAUAGUGUAUGAAUGCUUAAGCCUUUUGCUCAUGUGGGACGAUCCGUAGGAAGACAAGCAUAGGAAUAAAGGAGGGGGGGUCCAGAGACACUGAUGGAGCCCGUUUGAACAUAUUUGCUGAACAAUGUAAAGUCCUUUAAUAAUGUAAUGAGUUUUAAUAAGACUGCAAAGUGGAAAACAACACUUGGCAUUGUAGAAAUUGCAUGGUGGAAAGUGUGCAACUGUACCAAAACACUUGAAUAUAUAUAUUUGAGAGAGAAAUGAGAGGAUCGCACUCCAGUCAAAAAACUGAAGAAAUUGUUUAUAAAUACACUCCUUAUUGAAAUGUGAGUAUACAUAAACUCACCAGACCUCAUAGAGAGCCGUUGUAUCUCCAAAUUGGUAUUGCUGUAUGAUUCUGUAUGUGCAAUGUAUAUAAAAGGGUCAACUGCCAUUUGUUUGAUCUCCUGUAUGACGUACACAUUAAUUGCUGUAUGUUUUCAAAUGCGUGGUUAUUCUCGUUAGGUUAAUGAGCAGAAGAGUAUAAAGUGUGUUGUCAAUGGUUCUUUUGUAAGGUCGACUUCGCUCCCACAGCUGACCUCUUAGAAUUCAAGCCUUGCUUUGCUUUGAAGACGUUUAGCAUUAACAUAGGUACAGUCGGGUACUCUAUCUCCUUCUUUUAUCAGAUGUCUACUGGCAUAACGUUAGCAUAAAUACAUAUGGACAGUACUAUCACGGAAGGGGAAGCCGUUCCUCCCUUCCCGUUUCUUUAAAAACGGUUGUUUUUCCUGACAUUUCAGUGGAAGGUCAGUAGCUCUCUGUGCUGUGUGCUGCUUUCCCUCCGCCUGGCGAGAGGUGGCUAGUGGCCUUCUAACACACAUGAGCUGUCUUCAGGGGUCUUAAGAAUGUGAAGCACUUCCCAUGUUUGGUUGGAAGCGCGCGAUGCCGUGCACUGCUAGGUUGAGAGGGGAGGGGAUCAAUGGUUCAAGUUCAUUCAAACUACCAAUACGUGUACAGGUGUGAAGUCUCCAGUAAACAUAUUUAAUAAUCUCUGUUACCGUCUAGUUUUGGGGGUCUCCUCCUUGUUUCGUGCGGUUAAAGGUUACCCUGUGAGUCGGGUCUCCUUCCUUAUUUAUUUGUGAUUUGGCCUUGACAAUAUUGUAAUGAAAUGAAAAUUAAAAAAAGUGUGUGUUGUA